UUUUCUCAGAAAGGUAUGCUUAACAUUCAUAUGAGGGUUCACACUGGAGAGAAGCCAUUUAAAUGUAAUGACUGUGGGAAAGCAUUUUCUCAGAAAGGUAUGCUUAACAUUCAUAUGAGGGUUCACACUGGAGAGAAGCCAUUUAAAUGUAAUGACUGUGAGAAAGCAUUCCCUAGUAAAAGUAAUUUUGAAUAUCAUAUGAUGAGUCACACUGGAGAGAAGCCAUUUAAAUGUAAUGACUGUGGGAAAGGAUAUUCUAGUAAAAGUAAUCUUAACAUUCAUAUUAGGGUUCACACUGGAGAGAAACCAUUUAAAUGUAAUGUCUGUGGGAAAGCAUUUUCUAGUAAAAGUAAUCUUGAUUUUCAUAUGAUGAGUCACACUGAAGAGAAGCCAUUUAAAUGUAAUGACUGUGGGAAAGCAUUUUCUUUGAAAGGUAUGCUUAACAUUCAUAUGAGGGUUCACACUGGAGAGAAGCCAUUUAAAUGUAAUGACUGUGGGAAAGCAUUUUCUUUGAAAGGUGACCUUAACAAUCAUAUGAGGGUUCACACUGGAGAGAAGCCAUUUAAAUGUAAUGACUGUGGGAAAGCAUUUUCUCUGAAAGGUCAUCCUAAAUAUCAUAUGAGGGUUCACAUUGGAGAGAAGCCAUUUAAAUGUGAUGAUUGUGGGAAAGCAUUUUCUAGGAAAGAUCAUCUUAACAUUCAUAUGAGGGUUCACACUGGAGAGAAGCCAUUUAAAUGUAAUGAUUGUGGGAAAGCAUUUUCUUUGAAAGGUCAUCUUGAAUAUCAUAUGAGGGUUCACACUAGAGAGAAGCCAUUUAAAUGUAAUGAUUGUGGGAAAGCAUUUUCUAGGAAAGAUCAUCUUAACAUUCAUAUGACGGUUCACACUGGAGAGAAGCCAUUUAAAUGUAAUAAUUGUGGGAAAGCAUUUUCUAGGAAACAUCAUCUUAACAUUCAUAUGAGGAUUCACACUGGAGAGAAGCCAUUUAAAUGUAAUGAUUGUGGGAAAGCAUUUUCUAGGAAAGAUCAUCUUAACAUUCAUAUGAGGGUUCAUACUUGAGAGAAGCCAUUUAAAUGUAAUGAUUGUGGGAAAGCUUUUUCUUUAAGAGAUAACCUUAUACCCCAGGUGUGGCCUAUUGCACCCCUGAUACAAAUAGAAGAUUUACAUCUUAUAACUGUAGAUCAGUAAGAAAUUGCCAUUUUGAUGUAGCCGAAUUAACUCAUGUUUCUGAUAUAGUCUGUCUGCAGGAGACCUCGCUUCCGGUGCAAGAAUCAGACUACCUGAAUAGAAUAAAUUCUGAAUUUGCAUAUUAUGCAGUUUCCCCAGUUGAUUUAUCGAGGGAGAUGUUGGCUGGUCGUCCUUAUGGGGGCGUUGCUUUUCUGUACCGAAAGGGCCUUGCCUCUUGUAUACAGCGAGUGGACACCUCAGAUGACAGACUAAUUUGUAUUGACAUGUCUAUCACCUGUUAUCUUCCAUACUUAGACGGACAAAAUGAGCCAGAGUAUAUUGAUUGUUUAGCAAAAAUACACUGUCUCAUGUCAGAUCACCCAAAUGGAAAGAUUUUUGUAGUUGGUGAUUUUAACGCUCAACCUGAAUCACGGUUUGGUAACAAGCUGAAAGACUUUUGCACCCAUUACAAUUACUGUAUUGGUGAUGUUGUUGUGAUGCCCUCCGACACUUACACUUGGGUGAGUGAUGCAACGGGCCACACCCGUUGAUUAGACCACCUUGUCUGCCCUCCUAGUCUUCUAACGCACAUCUGAAGAAGCUUUGAAAAACAUUGAGUUGCCCUUGGAAACUCUACAAUGCAACACAAGAUCAUGUCAAAACAAAGAUCAUUGUAGAGCUAUUGAGAAAUUUCUUUUGGACAUAAUUAGUGCACUUCAGCGGUCGUCUGAGUCUAAGGAGACGAAUCACAGAGGCUUCAACCAUAUUCCUGGUUGGAAUGACUUUGUAAAGGAAUUCCAUCAUGAAGCACGGGAUGACUAUUUAGCAUGGAAGGAAUCUGGUAAUCAAAGGAAGGUAUAUUUCUAUGAUAAAAUGAAAUUUUCUAAAGCUCAGUGCAAAGGGAUGUUCAGAUUUUGUAGGGAAAAUGAGGAAGAAAUUAGAUCAGAUAAAAUUGCUACAAGUCUUAAUGGGAGUAUGAAGAAAUUUUGGAGAGAAAUAAAUAAGAAAAGAAAAUCCCGAAUCUUCUUACCUGACGUGAUAAAUAAUGUGAGUGAGUGGUUAUGAAAACAUUGCCAAGUUAUGGAAAGAACAUUAUUCUGAGCUGUUUAACGACCCUCCUCAUCCUGUUCCAGACCUAAUGGAAAAUCAAGGUCAGCCAGAUGUUACAGGGACAAAUGUCAAUGAAAUAUUGAAUGCUUUAAAUUCUUUGAACACUUCAAGUAGCCGUACACAUGACGUGCUGACCCUUCAGCACUUAACUGAGGCUCAUCCAUUAUUUAGAGUUUUACUAGAGUUUUACUAAGUUUAUUCGUCACUUCCUGUUUCUGUCAUUCCUACUUACCAAGAGAUCUUAUUCUGGUUAUACUCUCUCCUUUGAUUAAAGAUAAAAAUGCGGACCACAGUGACAUUUCCAAUUAUAGGCCUAUUGCUCUAGCCACUGCUAUCUCAAAAGUUUUGGAAGCGAUUAUAUUGGAGAGAUGCAAAAAGCACUUAUUGACAAGUGACAACCAGUUCGCUUACAAAUCCAAUCAUGGAACGGAAAUACCAGUUCAUAUUCUUAAAUACGUAACCGAGGAGUAUAAUGCUCGUAAAACACCUGUAGUUGCUUGUUUCAUGGAUAUGUCUAAGGCCUUUGAUAAAGUGUCUCAUAAGAUGUUAUUUGAAGUACUGUCAAAAAGAAAUGUUCCUUGCUAUAUUAUCAAACUGCUAGGUGAAUGGUAUAAAAAUCAGCAAAUAAUUGUCAAAUGGGGCCAUGUAUUUUCGAGUGAAUUUUCCACUUCACGUGGAGUGAGACAGGGAAGUUUACUUUCACCUUACCUGUUCAAUGUAUAUAUGGAUGACCUCUCACAUAGACUGAGUCAAAUUAAAGUGGGAUGUUAUUUAAACAACAUGAUUUAAAACCAUUUGUUGUACGCUGAUGAUAUUGUUUUAUUUGCUCCUUUAGUAAGUGGGUUGCAGCAGCUUAUAAACAUUUGUUGUGAUUUUAUAUCUGACAGACUUUUAUUGUUAAACGUAAAGAAGACCAAAUGUAUAAUUUUUUCUAAGAGUAAGAUCUGCCCAAGUAAUAUAUCACCUAUUGUUGUUAACAAUGUACCUAUAGAUUUUGUACAGGGAAUAAAGUACCUAGGAUAUUAUCUUACUGCUCAAAAUUCGGACGAUACCCAUGUAGAAUAUUUGAAUAGAGGUAUAUGUGCAAGGAGCAAUAUGAUUUUAAGGAACUUUUUUAAAUGUACCGAUGAUGUCAAGAAAAUGCUUUUUCAGAGUUUUUGUACAAGUUUUUAUGGCAUGUCUUUGGUUGUCAGAGCGAAACAACGAACUAUGAAUAAGCUGAGAGUAUGUUACAAUGAUAGCUUACGAAGACUCUUGGGCAUUCCAAGGCAUGCAAGCACAUCCGCUCUUUUUGUGGCUUUUGGUCAGCCAUCAUUUCAAGAACUGAUACGCAAAACCAUAACAUGCUAUUUGCAAAGGCUGAAGAAUUCCAAAAACUGUAUUAUGAAGAGGGUUGCCCACCCAGUUGACUUGCAUAAUUAAAUUAUUUUCAAACACUGGAAAAGCCUCAUUUAUGCUUAGUGUACUUGGUGAGCUCUUUAUGCAAGAAUAUAGUAUUUCUUUGUUUUGUUCUGAUGCUACAUAUGUAUGCGCCUUUUUAGUAGGAAGAAUCAUUUAGUUUCAUUAUCCGCAUCUCAUUCAUAUAAUAAUUUUUCACCUCUAUUUCAUAAUCAUUUCUCAUACUUAUUUUCAAUUUUAUCCUCUUGGAGUGUGGAGACUUUUUAUAUAUGUUUGUGUUUGUAUAUGUAUGUAUUUGUCUAUGGCCUUUUAUGUCUGAAAUAAAGCAUUUGAAUUUGAAUUUGAAUAAGCCAGAGAGAUACAGUCACAGAGACGAGAAACUUAGAAUGGGAAAGUGGAAUGACCAUAGAAGGUCAGGAGGAUUUCAUGAAGAACAGGAAAAAAGUUGCAUAGAGAAAGAAGAAUCACUUAGAUGGAUAAGAAAUGGAGAUCUAGGUUAUAAUGGAGAAAUGCUAGUAAUAUGGCUUCAAGAAAAUGGCAGGCAUAUCAGGAAGUGACCAGUGUAAGUUUUGUCAUGCAACGGUUGGAGUGGUGGUCAUCUGAUAUCAGCCUGCCAGACCCUGCUUGCAGAUGGUCACUACACAGCCUGCCACAGCAAGAUCUGGAAAUAUAUUCAUUUGAAAAUAUGUACAGAAUAGAGAAUUGAAGUAAAAGAAAAAGUGUGGAAGUAUGAACCAGAUCCUGUCACCUCCAAUAGGACUGUUACCAUCUUUUAUGAAAAGGAAAUUCCAACAGGAUGAUAUGUUGUAGGAGGUGCUAUAAAACCUGCUAUUGUGAUCUAGACACAAAUAAGAAAAAACAGAUUAUAAAUGUGAAAGUACCCAGUGACUCUAGCCUCAAUUGAGCUGAAAGUCACAAAAUACCAAGACCUAAAGAACCACCUGCAAAGCACAUGGGAACUGAAGGCAAUAGAAAUAAUAUCUGUGGUGGUAGGGGCAACAGGACUUAUAAAGAAACACCUGAAAUAAUAUCUUCAGGCAAUAUCAAGUUGCCCAAGUAUAAAUGAGGUGUAGAUUGCUGCCCUCCAAGGAACGGUAACAUCUUGAAAAGAGCCCUCAGAUAUAAGGCUAGUGGAAUAUAGAGGUGCAACCAUAGACUCCAGUCGAGGGCCCAUUGCACUCCUGAUACUAUAAAUUAAAAAUUAAAAAUAACAAGACACAGAGGAGUCAUAUAAAUUUAAUGACUGAGGGAAAACAUUUUCUCCCUGUGAACAACCUCGCCCUCUUGGUUAACCUCAUCUAUGUGUGG